UAAUACUAUAAUAUGAAUAAAAGUAACAAAAUAUUAACUAAUAUGUGUGUUAUUUUUGCUACGAAUGCUAACUAUUUUAGAAGAAUUAAAAAUUAAAUUCGCCAUAUUAUUUAACUCUUGAAUCUAUAGGAAUCUGUCCGAAAUAAAAACCGGUGAAUCAGAUUCUAUAGGUGAGAGUUGAGAGUUGCUUAUGGUGCUUCUUCAUCCAUCUUCACAGAAUUCAACAAUCAAGUAUCAACAAUUAUGCAUAGAACAAGAGACUCGCGAUCCAGAUCAAAAUCAAAAUCGAUUUCUAGAAGAUUCUGUUCGCGAAACGUGAUGAUUUUCUCUCUCAUCUUUCUCGCUAUUUUGCCUCCAAUCUUCUUCCAUUUCCGUCUCCGUCGCUUCAAUCAGAUUCAACUCCGGCGAUGCGGUUGGAUUCACAAUCCUCCUCUUGUUUGUGCUCACGGCGGAGAUUCCUCCGUCGCGUUCCCUAACACCAUCGCUGCGUAUCACUCUGCUCUUGACUCUCGUGUGGACUGUAUUGAGAUUGACGUUUCUCGUUCUUCAGACGGAGUUUUGUUCGCUCUCCAUGAUAGGGAUUUGCAGCGGUUGUCUGGAAACACUAGUUCUAGAGUUGGUCAUAUGAGCUCAAAACAGAUAAGAGAACUUAGUGCUUCACACCAAUCUACUGAGAAGAUUAAUGAUGAGAGUAUAGCCACAAUUCAAGAUGCUCUGAUGUUGGCUGCAAGUUCUGUACGACAGAUAAUUCUAGAUGUUAAAGUUGGACCCCCAUUGUAUGAGAAAGGGCUCGCCAAAGAUGUUCUCUCUAUAGUGGAGCAGACAGGAUGCAAAAACUGCCUCAUAUGGGCUAAAAGUGACAAUUUAGCCAGGGAUGUCAUUAAACUCUCAUCAGAAAUUGCAGUUGGCUAUAUAGUCAUGAAGGAACCUUCAACGGGGGCUAUAUCAAAAUUGCUGAGGAUGAGAGGUGCUGAGGUUGUUGGUGUUUACCACCCAUUGAUUGACGAAAAGCUUAUGAAAGUUUUGCACAGGAGAAGAAAAAAGGUGUUUGCAUGGACUGUUGAUGAUGCAGAUUCCAUGGAAAAGCUAUUGUUUCAGCAGGUUGAUGCUAUAGUUUCGAGUAACCCGACUUUACUUCAACGCUUAAUGCAGGAUAUCAAAACACAAUGUUUUGAAGAAGGUUAUUCAUUACCAAACUAACAUUUGUUUCAACAACAUAUACCUCUGAUUGUGACGAGUAGAUAACUAAUCCCAUGUUUAACAUUCAUUAUUCUCUUCAUUACAAAUUGACAUUGUGCUUGGAGAAAAGUGUAUCAUACAUGCUUUUGGAUAUUUAAUGGGCCUUAGAUCAUUGCUUUGGAAUAUUUACAAAUUAAUUGAUGGCUUUUAGGAGAUUUUAUCCUGGCAUCUCCUACUUUUGA